CACAAAUCAAAAUGCGUGAAUAUAAAAUUGUCGUCUUGGGCAGUGGUGGUGUCGGCAAGUCCGCUCUAACCGUGCAAUUUGUACAAGGUAUCUUUGUUGAGAAAUACGAUCCCACCAUUGAGGACAGUUAUCGCAAACAGGUGGAAGUCGAUGGCCAACAAUGCAUGUUGGAGAUAUUGGAUACAGCGGGUACAGAACAAUUUACCGCCAUGCGGGAUUUGUACAUGAAAAAUGGCCAGGGUUUCGUAUUAGUCUAUUCGAUAACAGCACAGUCCACCUUCAACGAUCUGCAAGAUUUGAGGGAGCAAAUUCUACGCGUCAAGGACACAGAUGAUGUACCCAUGGUUCUGGUGGGCAACAAAUGCGAUUUAGAAGAUGAACGUGUAGUGGGCAAGGAGCUGGGCAAAUCGUUGGCCACUCAAUUCAACUGCGCCUUCAUGGAAACAUCUGCCAAAGCAAAAGUGAAUGUUGUCGAUAUAUUCUAUGACCUCGUCAGACAGAUAAACAAAAAGUCACCCGAAAAGAAACAGAAAAAGCCCAAGAAAUCCCUAUGUGUUCUGCUGUAAGACUCUAUGCAUAAA